AAAGACAUUAAUGCAUUGGAAAUUUUCAGUGGACUAUCAAACUUGCAGAGUUUAUACUUGAAUAGUAAUAAAAUUAGAAAUUUAAAGAUCUUAAAAGGCUUUCAAAAUUUAAAAGACUUGAUCACAUCAUAUAAUGAGAUUUCUAGAGUACAGUUAGGUGGGUUGAAUAGACUAGAAAAUCUAAAUUUGUUUUAUAAUAAAAUUGAAAGUUUCCAGGUGCUUUGUGGAUUAAAAAAAUUAAAAAGCUUAACAUUGAAUUAUAACAAAAUGUCCAAGAUCUCAAAUCUAAAUGGAUUGGUCAACAUGCAAAGUUUGGACUUGUCAAAUAAUGAGAUUUCUAAAAUUGAGAACCUAUCCAAUUUACAAAAUCUAGAGCAUUUGAAUCUCUCUUUCAAUAAAAUUUCCAAGAUUGAAAACUUAAGCAAUUUAAAGAUGUUGAUAGACUUGAACUUGUGGAAUAACAAAAUUGGCAAGAUCGAAAAUAUAGACCAAUUAAGCAGAUUAUCCACCAUCUGCCUAAACCACAACCGAAUCAGCAAAAUCGAAAACAUAGGACAAUUAACAGGGCUAGAAAAUCUCUUUUUGGCACACAACACCAUUAAAGAAUUGGAGCACUUCAAGGGAAUAUCCCAUCUCAAACAGCUCGAUGUGUCGUUCAACAAAAUCCUGAAGGUCAGUAGCCUAUCAAGCGUCUUCAGCUCCAGGUUUAGCGUGUUCCGAAAACACACAACAACGACCGAACAGCCAGCAAAGUUGGUACGCCUAAAUCUCUCAGGCAAUCCCAUCAAAAAAGCUGACAAUUUGUGCUCUCUUCCUGAAGGCUGCAAAAUAAUCGACGACAAAAAGCACUGAAAGCACUGAAAGCACUGCUGGAUCAAAAGCUUUGAUUCAAAACUCCUGCACAACCCCGGCUUUCCACCAAUCGGCGGCCGCAGCUGUUUUUUU